UUAAUUAAAAAUCUACUCUGUUCCACAACAUUGUUAACUGUUCCUUUAAUUUUAACCGGAAUGAAAAUAGUGGUAGGACCGGGACGUUUACUGUCCAUCCCGUUUUUGUUGCCGCACCACCCAAAUAUUUCUGAAGUCCUUUAUGAUCAUAUGUACACGAUUUUUUUAGGGAAAAUAAAAUACAGUCAGCAAAUAUUAUCAGAAUGAGCGUGAAAUGUAUUUGCGAUCUCUGCAAUUGCAGAUUGCGACAUAGAUGCCCUUUUAAACACAUUCCAGCAGGAAGUUUUUCAAACCUCACCGAGUAUUCUAAAAAUUACCAUCCCCACCCAUUCCACAUGAGAAAAAGCUACAAGCCUGAGGUUGCUGCUCUCCAGAGUGAGGUGCCUAUUUCAGAUAAAACCACAAACAGGCAAGACUAUGUGCGGUACCCAUUAGCAAGACCUUACAUUCGUGAACCAGAACAGUACAAACCACCUGGCGAGAUUGAUCUCCUUACAUGCUAUACAAAGGAGUACACCACUGACUAUAGGAAAUGGAAAAUGGAAAAAGUAAAAAGCUUCAAACCAGAAGAAGUAUGGGUGCCACCAACUGUGAAGAUAGACAGCAAAAGUGUAACUGCAAAAGAUUAUCAGCAAUACAAUGAGCGACCAAGAGAGCCCUUUAAGCCUGCUGAUGCCUCUGGCAUUCCCAUGGAUGGCAUAACUAUCUUUAGAAAAGAUUACCAAGGAAGGCCAUGUGAAAAAAGGAAGUCUUUGAAACCACCAGUUACAACCAUCAGAUCCGACAUUCCAAUAGAAAACAUGACCACCUUCAGACAUGACUACCAAAGAUGGCCAGUGAAACAACCCGAUAAGCAUAAUCCUGAUCUUUAUAAAAAACCUGAUGGUGAGAUUGAUCUGAACACCACACACAAGCUCUCUUACAGACCUCAGCCUCUUGAACCUGUUGUAUCAUACAGGCCUGCAGAAGUGGCUCAUGUGCCCGGAACCUUCCAGAAUUCAACCUGUUACAGAGCAGACUUCAAGCAAUGGAAUGUCAAGCCAUCACAACCCAUGCCGCAGCCUGAAUACCAGCCAAACACUGCACCUUUUGAUGGCAUCUCCACUGUCAUGGCCCACUAUGUGCCCAAGCCCUUCACACCCACUGCCAGCUGUAGGCCAAAGCUUAGCCAGAUCACCAGCGCUCCUUUUGAUGGCAACACCAUGUAUCGCACAGAAUACAUCCCCAAGCAAGGAGAGCCUUGCCCAGCGGCUACUGUGGACACGCAGAUGGCAACGCAUGUUUUUGUGAAUGUGGAUUCUUUAGGUCACAGAUUCUACCGACCUGUCUAUACCUCAUCCAGUCCUUUGGCUGUAGCUUAAGAGAACUUAUUACUCAUUAUUUGACUUAUCAGACAGCAGGGCUACAGACUUUGCAAUCCACAUAAAUAUAUAUCAGUUUUUUCCAUUACAAAACAACAACGUAUAUAACUGUGAAGCAUCUGAAAUAUUGCUAGCAACUCUUUUCUAAACUUGACCCACUGCACGUCUUGGGGGUAGGAGGAACUAAAAUUAGUGAAAAGUGUAAUUUAUACAAAAAGAAAAUAUGCUAAUUGCUUUUUAUAGUAUCCACCUUGCUUUUAAUGUGAAACCUGCCCAAAAAUUUUAGCAUCAUACAUUAGCUGUUCAGUCGGUUACAAGAUAGUUAUUGUGAAGUAUCUUGUUUUUGAAGAGAGUGCUAUGUGGUGUACUUCUGGACCAGUUAUGCAUAGCUGCACUAGCAUGGACUCAUGCCUAGCAAAUUCACAGAUGGUAGUCUUUGGACAUUUGUGAUGGUCUUUUUUAGUUACUUUUUUUCCCCAACCUUUUCCCAGGACAUUGUGUGUCAGCCACUCCUGGCCAGUUUCUUUCAAACAAGUUCAUACUUUCUGGACGAAUACAUUGGGAUUUAUAUUUAUAUAGGGCCUACCCUGGACAGCAGUAUCUUUUGCAUAACAUUUCUCAACAUUCCGGAAUCUUUUGUUGGAGUUAUUCAAGAUGUGCACACAGAUUGAAAGGCUGUCCUGAAAAUAAAGCAUUUGUGUUUGGCUAGGUUGUUUUACGUGUAGAGCAUACGUUUUUUAUCGUCUUGAAUAAAUUUUUCCAAGGUCAAUAGCAAUGAAUUGACAUUAAAACUGCCUCUGGAAGCAGUCUGUAUAUGCACCUCAUUCUGUAAUAAUCUGUGCAUAAUCAUAUGCAAGUUUUUAAAUGCAUAGCAUUUGGAGUGGUCUAGCUAAUAUAACCAUUUUAAUUGAUACAUUUUAAGUUUUUGGUUUCUAUGGUCAUUGUCUAGUAAAAAGAUAUCAGGAUCUGAAUUCUCAUCAGGGUUAAGAUCUGCUGGUAGUGAUGAUCAAUUAAACUAUACAUUUUUUCUAAUGGAUUAAAAAAUCUGCUUUUAGCUUAAGUCCGAUGGGUUAUUUUUCCACAUAUAUAAACAUAUAUAGUGCAGCUAGUUCUCAGUGGGACUUAUACUAGCUACUCUGUUUUUGUGUUGCUUUUAUAUAAUACAUUAAAUUCCAAUGGCUGUGAAAGAUAGCUGAUGUUCUAUUGAACUUUUGAUAAAUAUUUAUGUCAUGGGCUGCAAUAUCUAUGUGAGACCUAUAGUAAAUUAUACCCAAGUACUGGUCAUUUAUAUAGAGAAUUAACAAAGAUCUUUGAGCAUGAUCUCAUUUUACAUAUUCUUGACAAUGAAUUAUGUAUUUUGUAAUUAAAACAUAAGGUUAUAUCUUCUCAAAACUUGUAACAAUGAUACAUGACAAAUCAGGCAGAAAGGUGGGAGAAGUCAAAAAUUGUAAAGUUAAAAUAUAAAGACAAGAAGUAGGAAAAAUCACUCACAAGAAUUUUAACUGGUGAUGGCUACGGUGGCUGCUUUUGAAAGGUAAGCUUUCAUAACACAUGAAAUAAGCUAAGACUUUAUUCCAUGAUUGUGCUAUUGUAUCACUGUAGGUGAAUCAUACAUUUAUGCAUGUAACGUAUGCUUGAUACAUAAAUGCAUGGUUGCUCUGUUUUGACGAGUUGCUGAACUCUGAAAAACUAUUUGUGAGUCCGCAUGUCGAGGAGCUACUGCGCUGUAAUAAAAUAAUGGGCACCGCAACCUGGAUUCUUCGUUCGUCUUAGACUUGCAGUUGGUAUAUCGUGUAAUGACUUACAGAUACAUUCAAAACUGAUUCCCUAUCCUCCCAAAUUGUGAUACGCAGAAAGGAGAGGAAGAAAUAAAAAUGCAGCUGGUGGGGCCUUUGGCUAUAUCUUCUUUUCAGUUAAAGCAACAAGAAAUCCACAACAGAUUUCCGUGAUUGUCUUCGCGUUAGAUGGAAACGCCGAAUACAGAUCACUCCCGUUAGUCUCGUGUUCUCUCGCAAACUGCUGCUGCGGAAGAUACCAUUAGUAUCUGUAGGGUAGGACAAUAGGAAACCGAAAAAAGGAUGUUAGAAAACAAACAGUUUGUAUGAAAAAUCGUUA